UGCUCGACUGAAACAGGAUGCGGUGUAUUCACUAUUUUUACCUUAACACAUAAAGGGUCUCAGGGGCCUAAUGGCUUUGCUUGUAGAGUAUGAGUGGUAGAGAAGUGUUUCUCAAUCCUGGUCCUAGGAAGGUCUACCACAUUUUUGUUUUGGACCAGGUACUAAUGCACUUAAUUGAACUAAUCAACUCAUCAUCAAGCCUUUAUUUUUAAUCAGGACCCUUUGGGUCCCCAGGACCAGGGUUGAUAAACAUUGUUGUAGAGAAUGGUAAUUAUACAUAUAUAUAUAUUUUUUAAUCUUCAGGGUUUUGUGUGGCUUCCUGCAAAACACAGGCAAAUGUCAGCCUUAGCGAGAGGUUGUGGUUACGUGUGUCACCAUGAAAUGUCAUUGGGCACUUCAAUCGAGAGGGAAAGAAAGAGAGAGAGACAGAGUGAGAGAGCGCUAGAGGCACAGAGAGAGACGGUCACAAAGGGACAGACAGACAGACCUACCUGAGACUAAGGACACAGAGAGGAGAGAGCAUCUGCAAAAGUCAAAUAGUAAAAACAGAGCAAAGAAAGUAGGAGAACAGAAUGAGGACUGUGCUGACACUUCGACCCUGACUAAGAGGUUAGACAGUGGCGGUAAUGAUGUGGUCCAUGCUUCACCUGCUGUUCCUGCUCUCUGUCCCACCAGGCUUCACUCACAACCUCCAAGGACUGUUUUGUGUGAAUGACUACAUCAACAACAUCACAUGUGUGUGGAACAGCUCGGCAGUAGAUCCAGACGUGGCCUGCCAGCUCCUCGGUACAAAAGAGAACUUUAAGAGCAAUCUUUUCAAUAGUAGUUGCGAUCUCAAACCCUUGGAUAGGCCGGUGCAAGGUCAUUCUUUCAGAGGCUGCAGUAUUGUCUUUGAGGGCCAUUAUUUCAGUUCAGCCGAGCACCUCCCCAGCAUUAAGGUGGAGUGUGACGGGUCUGAGGCGGUAAAGCUCAUAAGAUACAAACCUAUCCACCACAUUAAGAUGCAUCCUCCUGGUAGUCCGGUCAUCAUCAAUGGGACUAAUGCCACUUGGAGUGCUGGUAGUCCGCUAUCUAUUAAGAUCAAUGAAUAUGAGUUCCAGGUCAAGGUGAAGAGGGAAGACCAGCUAUGGGGGGAGGCCCAGAGUUUGACCAGACUAAAGCAGGAACCGUGGAUAGAGCUGGAUGUGGAGGAGAGUGGGAUUCAUCACAUCAGGUUGAGAGUCAAGCCGACCCAACCCCCCUCUAGCCACUGGAGUGAGUGGAGCACCACUGCCUCCUGGACAUCAGAGGACGAGGUCUCGCCAACCUUUGUGGAGUCCCCGGACCUGACUUUGUGGCUGGUGUUGAGUGGUGCGUUUUUCACGCUCAUCGUUGUCAUGUUGCUGGUCUUCUACAAAACUCAUACAAAUAAUAGGAAACACCAGUAUGUGCCUGAUCCCGCCAAGUACUUCCAGCCACUUAACUCUGUCCACGGUGGAAACUUUCAGAAAUGGCUGAGCCCCUUGUUUGCUCCAGAGUCCUUCAUCACUGCCCAGCCCUGCGAGGACAUCUCCCCCGCGGAGGUGUCUGGGACAGAAGUCUGGGACGUCACUGACUCCACCAGCUCCACCACUGCGGCCUUUCUCCUACACUCUGACCCCAACACUCCCUCUGAUGGCUGGAACAGCAGCGGCCAGUCCUCCUGCUUCUCCAACAUCGACUACUUCUACACCAAAUACCCCAGCAGCCUCUUCAACGAGUCUUGCCCCGUCUACUUCACCUACCAGGGGGACCACAGCUCUCUCUCCACCACAUCCUCCUCCUAUGAGCGCCUGGAGCGUAUCGGUCGGCUGCAGAGCCAGCCCCUGAGCCCAGACUCUGGUUUCGGCAUGGAGAGCGUAGAGGGGGAGGACCAGGUGGAAGAGGAAGGAAAGAAGGAUAAGGAGAGGAAUGUGGUUCCAGUUGCCCCUCUUGUCUUACCAGUCUCCCUGCCUGCCCGGAUCCCCCCAGUCCCUCACCAUCCCCUGAGUCUCCCCCAAAUCCCCCUUCAUAAUCCUGAGUCAAACUCUGCCAUGGCGUCUAGUGGCAGUUACAAUGCCUGGCCAGUAGAGGCUGCUCUAGGCAGAUCCUCCUCAAUGACAGUGGAACCCAGUUGUAUUGGCUAUUUGACCAUUAAAGAGCUGCAGAAUACCUACAGCAACAAGUCUAUUUGAACAAUCCAUUUUUCACUCAAUUUGCAUUUUAGUUUAGCUGUUGAACUGAUUCUUCAUGCAAACUAUGACAAGGCUGAUAAUGCAGGUACAAACCAAUAAUUUUUUACAUGGAAAGUAUUGUAGAGUUCUAAAUAUGUAGCUUAUUUGUAUUAUAUAUACAUCUUGUGUAUUACUUGUACUACUAUUGAGGCAGCUGGUUUGCCAAUGCAUUGUUACUUUAUCUCAGAUAGUUAGUGCUGCUAGUUGUUUUUGUCUUUAAAUGUGUUCACUGACAGCUUGUUUGUAUGAAGACCUGAAUAAAACCUCUGACAGAAGAGAAGUGG